AUGGAAGAUAGCAUAUACGUUCACACGAGGACAGAUCAUAUGCGCCAUAGUUUACCUCGAGACUCAAAUAUGUCUGAAGACCGGCGAUCUGCUGCAUCUCCAGCCAGCUCUGGAUACGCUCACGACAUACCCACAACUUACCCUUCGGUCGCGCCGUUUAAUUACUCCGUGCAAUAUGAUACUUCUCUCCCUACCCCGGUAUCUGUUGCUGGAUCUCCCUCGAUGAAUGAACGAACUGCGAAGAUCAUGCAUCCAUACAGCCAACACCGGGCAAACUCGCAACAGCCCACCCCUCCCAGCACCUCACGCCCGUGGCCUAACUAUCAAAUAAGUGCUCCUGCCGACAUCUUAGAAAUGCAGGGACUGGAAUCAUCACACUCUUCGAACGAUCAUGGUCAGAUGGUCUCUGAGCCUCAAUUUCAAUGGGGCCAAUAUACGGUUUCCAGCAAUGAAGCGCCAGAGGAGAUGCCAACGCACAUAACACAUCCGUCCCUAUUCUCAGUGGCGCCCACGGACUUGGUUAGGCCUGCGAUCUCUAUGCAUCCUUCCAGCAUGCCUCUUCCGGCACCAUCACAAAUUCCCGUCCUGCAAAAUUCUCCGGAUCCACGAGACAUAGCUCCUUCGGUGGGGUCAAUGGAGAGCAUGCACCAUCACUACCAUAAUAUAGUACACCAGCCACAGGUUAUCAUGGACUUCGCACCUUACAGGAGAAAGUCCAAGUCAAGGACCGGAAGAUUAGGUAGGCCCCCGAAAAGACCCCGAGCACAGAACAGGGGAGUUUCGAAACGCGACGGUGAGGACCUCAUGGACCCUCAACUGUCGUCAUCAAAUGGAGGCAACGCGUCGACAACCAAGGCGCCUGGACGGAGUAUUACUCUGAGGCCCGAUGCUCCGGAGAAAGACCGAUUUAUCCUAGAGCUGAGGUGUCAGAUGGACAAUGAUAAAGGAAAAGGUAUCUGGGAGGAGAUAACAAAGAAGUACGAGGAACGCUUCGGGAAAAGGAGGCAAGAGUCACUACAGAUGAAUCUUACCCGAGCAGUACUAAAAUACGCGGAAUGGCCCGCGGAAGAGGACGAGGCCUUAAAGCGGGCUGUCGAAGAGCUGGACCGACGCCGGUAUUCGGACCUGGCUAAGCUGAUGAAAGAAAAAUAUGGAGGGUGCCAAGCCUGGGAGUGGAAGGAGGGCCACAUCCUGAAGCGCCUAAUCGACCUCGGCAUUGAAGAGUUCGACCCCGAGGACAUCACAAAGAAGCCUCGGCGGAAAUCGAAAAAGGCCAUAACGAAGCGGCCCAGCGGCAAGUCCUGGGGCACGCCAGGCACGGCGACGUUCCCGUACGAGGAGGAUACGCGCACGAUAUCUACGAUAUCCUCCGAGCAGGAGAACUAUAUCUUGGAACAUUACUGUAAGCCGGACCCCGAAUCUUCAGACCCAGACGCCGGGAAGCGCCGAUGGAGAAGAAGAACAAUACCCUGGCGAGAGUCGAAGCGAACGAGUGGCCAAACAGGCGUGCGAGCAGAUACUCUCGAGAAGGGAUGA